AUGCCAAAGCUUGUGCAUGCUCUCUUCUUUACUCUUCAGCUGACGAGAAUAGUCUCUGGCUUCUCUUGGAAUGCGCAAAAGGCGCUGCACCCGCAUCAAGCGGCGUACGACGGCCAAACAGACGAAAUAGAUACUGCCCCGCCACCAAGAUAUCGAUUCAAGUCGGAUAACAUCUAUUCUGUUGCACUCCAAGAGCUCGAGAACCUCGAGUCUCAGCCUCUCUGUCACCGAAUCGCGGCUCGACUCCUCGUGAACAACUGCCACUUGCUCCAUGGCCAAGACGAAACGGUUGAGCUAGCCAACACUGGACGACUGACGCGAGACUUCAUCGACUCCUAUGCCGCUGGAUUGGCCAUUUGCGACUUGGAGAGAGGCAGCUUCGUCAUUCCGAGGGAGUGCGCAAAGUUUCGCGAGCCAGCUCUGACAAAGAUCGAAGUCGGCAAAACCCCCCAUCUGCACGUUUCCACAGUCGAGAUCGACAAAUGCCUCGAAGGCCUAGCUCAAUCCGACUCGUCAUGGAAUACUUGGAUCAGCUACAGACACAAGGCUGUGCGUUUCUGCGAAGUUGCAAAGUCUGACAAUGACAAGGAUUCGACCAUUCAUCUGCACAAAAAAAUUACCGAGAUUAUGGAAAGAUUCUCAGAAAAAGUAGAAGUGCAAGUUGAGGAGCAGCUGCGCCGAGUCGAUCAUCUUAUGCAAAGAACGGCCGAGGCAGCCGACUCUCUCCUCCCGCACGCUGAAUCGCUCAAAACCCAACUCGACGGUCUGGGUCGCGUACUCAAUGAGCAAUUGAUAACCGUUUCAAGACAGUCAUCUCUGGAAGUACAGUCUGGGCUCCAGGACGCUACGCAGCUGCACAACAUUAUCAAUGUUUUGCUUGAAUCCAUCCGAGAAAACCAGGUGCAAAUAGCCAUAGAGCAUAGCAAUGCCUUGCAGACGGUUCGCAAAGAUACGCUCGAGGGAGUCGAGACUAUGAUAGCAACUAUCGCUACAGCCGCUUCUUCAUCGGUCCGGCUGCAGACUCAACUGGAAGAAACGGAGAUCCGAGCUGAUAAAGUAAUAGAAAAGCAAAAUACGCUUGAAAGAAACCUUGAUCGCCUUCACAAGUUUUCGCGCGAAAUGUACCUCUCGCACAGCAACCACCAAGACAAACUUGAUUCCGCACACCACUCCGUGAUGAACAUUCUAGGAGCUUUACAAGGCGUUGAAUCUUCGACCAAUCGAAUCCAAAGCACAAUUCUACGCGGGCCCGGCUGGAGCUGGUGGCCACACAUUCUAUGUCCUGUGGCGUCACUUUUCCUCGGCUCUUACAGACUGGCACCGUCUAUUGCACGAAACCUUUUGCUUCUGGGACUAGGUGAAAUCGCCGGCUUGACCAUUUCGGCCGCCCAAGCCAUCAAGACGGACACUUCAAGUCCUUUCAUCCACACUUUGCUACCAAAUAUUUUCAGGACCACGUUCAAUGACACGACCCAAAUGAUUCACGAAGCUCAUGAUCUACAGACGACUCACUCGCCUCCAUUUUUACAGUAA